GGACAUGCUGCGCCUGUUUCUCAGCUUCAAGCUUCUUCGGUAGAGCAGACCGGCAGGCUGUUGAUCUCUUCGACGACGCUCACGAGAUAAGUACGCUCAUUGAUGCUCACAAGCUGCAGGGUGUAUCUAAGGAUCUAUCGACUCGGUAUAGAGACUCCAGCAAGCAACCUUUCUCAUAUCCGCAGAGCCUCGUCGUCUACGUAUCUUCUACGUCUUGCACGCUAGCCAUGUCUCACGGGAAGCAGUUCACUCUCUUCUCCCACAAGGGUGGUCCAAACGGAUGGAAGGUCGCCUUUAUCCUUGAGGAGCUCGGCCUAAUUUACGAGUCCGUUUACUUCGACUUCCGGCAGAAAGAGCAGAAAACUCCAGAGUUUAUUAAGUGCAAUCCUAACGGCCGUAUCCCCGCCGUCAUCGACCAUGGUAACAGUGACUUUGUGGUCUGGGAGUCUAACGCAAUCAUUCAGUACAUCGUUGACAAGUACGACAAGAAGCACAAGCUGUCGAUCGCGCCUGGUACAGACGAGUAUUACACCCAGCUCCAGUGGCUCUACUUCCAGGCUUCCGGCCAGGGUCCGUACUUUGGCCAGGUCGGCUGGUUCAAUUUAUACCACCCUGAGAAAGUCCCGAGCGCGGUGGAACGAUAUCAGAAUGAGAUCAAGCGUGUGCUUGGCGUGCUCGAGAGCGUGCUGUCGAAGCAAGAGUGGCUCGUCGGCGGCAGGCCGACCGUCGCGGAUAUCUCUUUCCUCUCGCAACUCACAUUCCCCGCAUCCUGUAGAUGGAAUAUCUACGCUGCAAAGCGCCUCCUCGAGAAUUUUGACUUUGAGAAGGAAUUCCCCGCCACCGCCGAGUGGCACAAGAAGCUCCUCGAGCGCCCGGCCAUCAAGAAGGUCUGGGAGGAGCGCGAGAGGCUAGUUGCGGAGGACCGUGAAAAACUACUCGCGGAAGAGCGUGGGAAGCUACUCGCUCAACAGUAA